CCGAACCCAGACGUACGGUACUAGAGAGAGAAAGGGGGAGAGUAGAGAGAGAAAGGGGUAGAGAGAGAAGAAAACAAAAAAAGCUCGAAUACAGGGAAUACCAAAGAAUCUCUAUCUCUCUUCUUCUUCCCUUUACUCCCAAAAUUUCCACUAUCGAUCGACCUCUCCCCGAUUAUUCUAGAACCUUCCAUUCUUCUUUUUAGAAUCUUCCAUUUUUUUUCUUAAUUUUUUUCUUCUGUGAACUCGGUAAGGUAUUACCAAGUAUCAGAAGCCGCCCCCCAACAGGAAAAAUAGAACCCGUUUCGAUGGAGUUAUACGGUCGAAACCCGGGACGGAAUGGGUCGCAAUCGGUUCACCAACCCGAAUGGAGCCCCGCCGGUCCCGGAACCGGCCUGGAAGAAUCGAUGUGGCAAUUGUCGUUGAGGGGGGCCGAAUCGUACCCGGAACGGCCCGGGGUACCUGACUGUGUUUACUACAUGCGAACCGGUUUGUGCGGAUAUGGUAGCAGGUGCCGUUACAAUCACCCUCGCAACCGUGCUGCGGUAUAUUCCUUUUAUCGUUUGCUUCAAUUAAUGAGGGUUUUCCUUUUCUUUAUUUGAUUCCGUUGCUGGUUUUUUGCAUUGAACUGAUAUUGAGUUAUGGAAAUAGCAUGUAGAAUGUACAUUGCUGUUGUUGAAUUUGACUGUUAUUGGCGACAGAUGGGGUGUAACUAAGUAUACUUAAUA